AUGUGCACUUCUAAUUAUCUACCGAGACUUUGUCAUCGUCUUGGGAAACCAUCAUUAAUAAAAAACUCGAAUCCAUUUAUAUUGAGCAAUCAUUUCUCAUCAACAACCACAACAUCAAAUAGGUUAAAAAAUGGGAUAGAAAGAUGUAGAUAUGUGGCCUAUUUACGGCGUUCCGAUAAUCCAGCUCUUCGAAUUAGUCGAAUGCCUCCUGCUCAAACGAAAUAUAAACCGCCAUCAGCAGCGAACAAUUCUAAAGAUACAUCAAUCACUAUCCCAGAGCAUCCAGAUAGUGUUUUAUCAUAUGAGAAAAUGCCUACGGGACUUUCUUCAAUCCUUAAUAAUUCAGCAUUAGUGGUCGUAAGACAAUUAGAAAUGUUGAAUAUCUUCUUGGGCUUCGAGCAAGCAAAUAAAUAUGCUCUUCUCGAUCCGGGGGGUAAUUCAGUAGGAUUUAUUGCUGAAGAAGAGCAAUCUUUUACUUCGACGCUUUUCCGCCAAUUAUUUAGAACUCAUCGACCAUUUCGUGCAGUGAUCAUGGAUACCCAAGGAAAUGUGGUGUUAAAGAUUCGACGACCUUUUGCUUGGAUUAAUUCUAGAAUUUUUAUAAGUACGGGUGAGGAAGAGCCAAUUGGCGAGGUUCAACAGCAGUGGCAUCUUUGGCGUAGACGAUAUAAUUUAUUUGUUGGACGGACACAAUUCGCAAGAAUUGAUGCACCAAUAUUGUCAUGGAAUUUCAAUUUGGAGGAUGAACAUGGUGGAAUUCUAGGGAAUGUGAAUCGAAAUUUUACUGGAUUCGGAAGAGAGAUUUUCACUGAUACAGGUCAAUACGUAAUUCGAAUGGAUGCAGCAGAAGGACACGUUCGAGGAAUGACAUUAGAUGAACGAGCUGUUACAAUAGCCGCAGCUAUUUCAAUUGAUUUCGAUUAUUUUUCUAUUCAUUCUGAACACGGACACUUCCUUCCAUUCUACAUUCCUUUUGGUGGAAAUGAUGAAUUAGUAGAGGAUACCGACAAUAUUAUUGCUAUUGGAAAUUAUAAUGAUCUUGUUCCUCGUCAAGAAACUCCAUCUGAUACUUUUAUUACUCCUAAUGAGUCGCCUUUAUUCCGAAAAAGAGAACAAGAGGUUACCAAGCUAGGGUUAAUUGGUCCAUCCGGUCUAACGAUUGAUGGUCUUUGGAAAAAAUUGAAGUACCCAGACUUUAAUGUUCGACUCAGUCCAGCCCCAAACGAUUUAAUGUUUAGCCUAUAUAAUAAUAUUUUAUUUAAUAACAAAGAAGCUUCAAUAAACCAUUAUUGA